UCAUUCAGUCUGUAGCCGUCUCACUCUGUCGGCGUGCGUUUGAGGGGACGGGCAGUAGGAGUUUUGCAGGAGCUGCCGGGUGAUACUACGCUGAAAUCGCUACUGGGAGGAGGCUUCAGUGCACAUACACUUAGGUUUACAAAACGGGAUUGCCGACGAAAUUAAAUAACUCCAAGAUAUAUUCCUGCCCAGAGUACGACAAUAGUUUACCACAUUUAUAAUCGUUUUGAUACAUCGCUCGCUACCAACCAAGGUAUUCAAGGUGUCGGUAAAUUUCAGUAGCUCGCUAGCUUGUUAGCUAGCUAUUUGUUAAUACCCCAUUCACAUAGCUAACGAAAUAGCAAGCUAAAGUGGUCCACCGUCGCGCCCCUCAAACGCAACAUCACCUUGCUCCGUAACUGGCCGGUUGAUUGCCCUGCUAUUAACUGCUAACGUCGUUGAGUAGCUUGGCCACCUGGAAGACGUUAUCGACAGUUCUACCCAAUCCCUUUCCCUCACCCUAUCACCUUUGCCCCUACCCCUCAAUCCGAAACGCUGGAAAUCCACAAGAGGCCGGAGAGCGGCGACGGGCCAGCGAAGCUGGGGGUGUUACCGGACGCGCACGGAGUCGGAGCGGCUGCGGAGAGGCACAGUCGUGGGGAAGCAACGACAACCAUGGACGGGCUGGCGGUGGAGGUGCGCGGCUCGAACGGGGCCUUCUACAAGGCUUUCAUCAAGGAUGUGCAUGAAGACUCGCUCACAAUAGUAUUUGAAAACAACUGGCAGCCUGAGAGGCAGUUGCCUUUCUGUGACGUGCGCCUGCCGCCCCCAGCAGACUACCACAAAGACAUCGGCGAGGGAGACGAGGUGGAGGUGUACUCCCGAGCCAAUGAGCAGGAGCCCUGUGGUUGGUGGCUGGCCCGGGUUCGAAUGAUGAAGGGAGAGUUCUACGUCAUCGAGUACGCCGCCUGCGACGCCACCUACAACGAGAUCGUCACGUCGGAGCGCAUCCGACCCGUCAACCCCAACCGGCCCUCGUCCCGCAGCUCCUUCCACAAGGUCACCAUCGCCGCCCCCGAGGACCUCUGGGACAUCUGUGUGAAUGACUCCGUACACAAAGACUUCAGGAAGGCUAUCGGGGCCAACUGCAUCUUCUACAACGCCACCUCCCACGAGCUCAUCAUUCUGGUGAUAAAUGCUCCCUCUCCCUCUCUCCCCCACUCCUUCUCUCUCAUUCCCUCCCUCUCCCUCUCUCUCUCUCUCUCUCUCUCUCUCUCCCCCCCCCGCCCGCUCCCUCUCUCUCUCUCUGACUUGCAGACGAGUAAACAGCUAGCCUCUGCAUACCAGGAGGAAGUGCGGGUCAGGGAGGACCUGAUGGGAUUGGCCAUUGGUUCCCAUGGCGCCAAUAUCCAGCAGGCGCGGAAGGUUCCCGGUGUGACGGCCAUCGAGCUGGAGGAGGAGAGCUGCACCUUCCGGAUCUACGGAGAGACUCCUGAAGCGGUGAAGCAGGCCCGCGUGUACCUCGAGUUCAAGGAGGACUACUUCCAGGUGCCCCGGAACCUCGUGGGGAAGGUGAUCGGGAAGAACGGCAAGGUCAUCCAGGAGAUCGUGGACAAGUCCGGCGUGGUGCGGGUCCGAAUCGAGGGGGACAACGACAAGAAGCUUCCCAGAGAGGAGGGAAUGGUGCCCUUCGUCUUCGUGGGGACGAAGGAGAACAUCAGCAACGCGCUCGCCCUGCUGGAGUAUCACGUGUCUUACCUGCAGGAAGUGGAGCAGCUGCGUCUGGAGCGCCUCCAGAUUGACGAGCAGCUGCGGCAGAUGGGGGUGGGGUACCGCGUGCCCCCCAGCCGCGCCGGGGGCCCGGGAGCCAAUGAGAGGGAGCGGGGCUACACGACGGACGAGAGCAGCAACUCCAUCCACGCCUCGCGCACCUACGGGGGGCGGGGCCGGGGCCGCAGGGCGUCCAACAGCCAGUAUUCCGGAUACGGCACCAACUCCGAGCUGUCCAACGCCUCGGAGUCGGAGGAAGUGGGCGACCGGGAGCCCCGCCCUCGGGGCGUCGGGGGGGACGAGAGGGGGUCCCGCCGCGGCGGCAGGGGCCGCGGUAACACCGGCAAUUCGGGACGGGGCCGGGGCGGACCCGGGGGGGGCCGGCAGGCCAACAACACCAUCAGCUCAGUGCUGCGGGACCCCGACAGCAACCCGUUCUCCCUGCUGGAGGGCGAGGGCGAGCAGGCGGGCGACACGGACGCCAGCGAGGGCACGGGCACCAACGGAGAGCGCCGCCGCCGCUCCCGCCGUCGCCGUAACGACCAGGAGCCCAGCCUGAUGGACGCCGCCGCCAACGAGUCGGACGGCCAGGCCUGCACCAGCGAGAACGGGCUGGAUGAAGAUGGUAGGCCCCAACGCCGCAACCGAAGCCGACGCCGCCGUAACCGUGGGAACCGUCCGGAAGGCGGCUCCCCUAGCCGUGAAAGACAGCCAGUGACCGUGGCCGAUUACAUCUCCCGCGCAGAGUCCCAGAGCCGACAGAACCUCCCACAGGACACACAGCCUGCCCCCCUGCCUAAGGAGAACGGGAGCAGCGCUAAGGGAGAACGCACACCGGACAAGCGUUCCCCUAGCAACGGCGUGGCCACGCCCAGCGAGACCCUGGCCCUGGUCAACGGAGUGUCUUAAAGGCGCAGUGUCGCGCCGAACCAUCACGUCCAGAGCAAGACUUCACGGCAAACUCUGUCCCUGCUUGCAUUUACUUAAACCUUAAAACAGACGAGGGAAAUAUCGACAAAAAAAAAGCGAAUUCAUACGAGAGAGAGAAAAAAUACAAAAAAAAAAAAACGACAAAAGCAUCUACUUAAAACACACGUAACGGUGUAUGUUAUCCUAUCUAUCCGUACUUAGUGCUUAUUUAAAACUAGCUUGCCAACGAGGAGCUGGUGGAAAUGAUGACAUGAUUUUUAAGAAAUACUGAACACAGAAACAGGACGUGACUUUUCUUCUAUUUUGUGUUUGUUUAAAAUGUUUUUUUUUUUUCCGUUUUUAAUUUUAUUUCAUUUUUUUUUUUCUUUUGUUGUUGUUGGUUCUCACUGGUUCGGGAGUGUGUUAGCGCUCCCAGAGAACAGGAGCGCUUCAGGCGAAGGUAAGGCAGGAAGGGGAGGGGCUACAUAAGUAACUGACAGGUGUCUUAACUACAUAGCGAAAGGGUGGCAACGCGGAGAAAAAACGAGUGACAGGAAGCGAGUGUACGGAAAGAGACAUUGUGCCUUGACAUUCAAAACUUGAGUUGGGUUUUUUGUUUUUUUUGGUUAUUUUCAUUCACAGGAAGAUAAGAGGUUACUAUCUUUCUUUUUUUUGCCUGAUGGGAGGAGAGAACAGACCAGUGGAGAGGGGGGGAGAGAGAGAGAGAGAGGGAUGAGUGUAGGGCCGCGGCAGGAAGGGAGGACGGGAGUCGGCGGGUGGGCGGGGCCGAGGGGACUGCCUGGAAAAAGAUUCGUGCCAAAAUGUGUUCAAGGCGUGCGCUUUCACUCGGGAAGAAGGUGUGUGUGUGUGUGUGUGUGUGUGUACACGUGUGCAGUGGAGGGCUAAAGGUGAUGGGACUGAGUGUGUGUGUGUGUGUGUGUGGUGUGUGGCUAAAGGUGACGGGACUGAGUGUGUGUGUGUGUGUGUCUGAGUGUGUUUCUAUAUGUUUUGUGUGUGUAUUUGAAAGUUGCGUGUGUGUGUGUCUGAGUGUGUUUCUGUAUGUUUUGUGUGUGUGUGUAUUUGUGAGUUGUGUGUGUGUGUAUUUGAGUGUGUGUGUAAGUUGCGUGCAGAGCAGAGAGGGGUUACAGCUGAGGGAGUGGAAGUGGAGUUUAGGCCGCAACGCCAGCCCUGUUUGUGCCGGGGAGUUUGUUUUUCCUUUUUUUUCCGGAUGAGAAGCACGAGGUCGUCUCUCGUUUCCCCCGCCACCCCGUCCGAAUCGAACCCGAGCGAGCGGCGGGUUUUUUUGGGACGUCCGCGGCCACGCCGAGCGCCCUGACCGGUCACGUGACCGCUCGGACCGGUGCGUUUUGUGACCGCUCUCGGAGUGAGGUCGCCCCGCUCUCCCGCUCACAGCCUGGCGGUAUGGCAGGGGUCAGGUGAAGGUCGCGGAGUAAUCUGGCUUUCCAGCAACACUACGCUCAUCGCCUUUAUGACUGCCGCGGCAUGCAGUUCAGCCGUGCUAUUGGCUGCUCAGUCAACCAAUCAGUGCCGGGACCGUUUUCAGACUUCGAGAAGAAGGGGGUGGGUAGGGGGGGGGGGCAAGGGGUUUCUAUCAGAAGGAUGACUGGCAGGUCGAGGAUACUGAAGUGAUGUGAGAACAUGGUCAGCUGGACACACACACACACACACACACACACACACACAGACAGACAGACAGGGAGGCCUGUUUUGACCCCUGGCGGUGGGGAACCGUUGGAGUUGGCGGCUGGGCGGGAACGUGCAGCCGUUGAGGCGGGAAGGCCGCGGACGGAGCGCGGUUGCGUUGGCGGGUGUGUUGGCGUUGGCGGGUGUGUUGGCGUUGGCGGUGCGGUGCGCUGAGUCCUCAGCUCGUGUCACUUUCAUCUUCUUUUCUGCUCUCAACUUUUUUUGUUGUACUUUCCACAUCAUUAAAAAAAAUAAUAAUAAUAAAGUGAAGGUGAAAUAUCAA